AUUCAAUUAAUAAGGAUCGAAUUGAGGGUACCCGAGUAUGGUUGGACAACACAAAAGGUUUUCCAUCUGAUGAACUUUGUUGUAAAUGGAGUUCGUGCAAUUGUCUUUGGAUUUCACAAACAAGUGUUUCUCUUCCAUCCUAAGGUGCUGACUCUGGCAAUAUUGGACCUACCAGGGCUCCUUUUCUUUUCAACAUUUACUCUCCUGGUUCUAUUUUGGGCUGAAAUAUAUCACCAGGCUAGGAGUUUACCAACAGAUAAACUCAGAAUUUCUUAUAUUUCAAUAAAUGGUGCAAUGUACUUCAUUCAGGCAUGUAUCUGGGUGUACCUCUGGGUCAAUGACAAUAGCACUGUGGAAUUCGUUGGGAAGAUAUUUAUAGCAGUUGUAUCAUUUAUUGCAGCAUUGGGCUUUCUGCUCUAUGGUGGAAGGUUAUUUCUCAUGCUCCGGCGCUUUCCUAUUGAAUCUAAAGGGAGAAGAAAGAAGCUUCAUGAGGUUGGAUCUGUGACUGCCAUAUGUUUCACCUGUUUCCUCAUUAGCUGCUUUGUGGUUGUGUUAUCUGCUUUUGAUUCUGACGUAUCUCUUGAUGUCUUGGACCAUCCUGUUCUCAAUCUGAUAUACUACCUGUGGCAGCUGGUAGAAAUUCUUCCUUCAGCACUUGUGCUAUACAUCCUGCGAAAAUUGCCUCCAAAAAGAGUAUCUGCACAAUACCACCCAAUCAGUUAGCUGCAGCAGACUUUUAUCGUCAGUCCUACACUUUCACAUGGUUGCCGCUGCAGAAGCUAAGUGGAAUUCUGCAGGAAAAGUGGAGCUGCGAAAAGGAUCCAGGUGCAUUAAUUUUGUAGAAAGGCCAAUGAUGUCAACUCUUUCCCCAGUUGUUGAACAAAGCUUAAGCUGUUUUACCUAUAUUGUAUUAUUUCUGUGGUCGUGGCGUGAAGCAUCAGACGAAUCGUUAACAUUUUGGUUAUUAAUUGUUCCACAAGUUUGUGAAAAGUAUCGAAGUCCUGAUGUAAUGAUGCAACAGGGUUACCUCAGUGUCAUCUAUUGUACUGUUUCAUUCUAACUGUGAUGUUCUGCAUUUGAGCAUUUCCUUACUGUAAGAUCGUACGGAUGUAACUUUCACCAUUUGAAUAAUGGCAAUGCCCUCUGUAGUGACUAUUUACCUACUA